AGUACCUGAAUUCGGGCGCCGGUGGUAUCGGCGGUAUAUUCGUGAACGAAAAGUUCACUGAAAAGGGCGGUUGCGAGACAUUCCCAAUGCUUCAGGGGUGGUGGGGGAACAACCUAAAAACGAAAUUUUUGCUUAAAGAUGAAUUUGAUCCAAGUUUUGGGGCCGAUAUGUUUAAACUGAGUAAUCCCUCGCCUGUUCUCAAUGCUAUGCUUAUGGCGAGUCUUGAUAUUUAUAGCCAAACCUCAGUCGAAGAGUUAAAGGAGAAGCAGUUCCUUCUGACCGGUUAUCUUGAAUUCAUGAUUAAGACAUACUUUCCUCAAACGUCGAAGAAUUCCAGCGAUAAUAUACUCAUUAGAAGUGGUAAUCGACGAAACAUGCCUUCAGUCGAGAUAAUCACACCAUCAGAUCCCGAGCAAAGAGGCUGUCAGUUAUCACUCAUUUUCUCCGUCCCUCUGACUCCAGUCCAGGAAGAGAUGCAAAAGCGAGGAGUUGUGUGCGAUAUCCGAAUGCCGAGUGUCAUGAGAGUGGCUCCCGUUCCCCUCUAUAACUCCUUCACAGACGUCCAUAAGUUUGUUAGAAUUCUAUACGAAAUAUUCCUCGGCUUUGACACCGAGAAGAGGAAGUUCGACACUCAGAUGUCUAAUGAAGAUCUUAUGACCGAAAUCCAUGGCGGAGAUUCCGACGGUCUGUCCCUGAGCUCAUCCAACAGCAGCGCCUGUCCCUCACCCACCACUGUCUCCGACUCAGAGCCCGACUUCUACCUGAAUUCGGGCGCCGGUGGUAUCGGCGGUAUAUUCGUGAACGAAAAGUUCACUGAAAAGGGCGGUUGCGAGACAUUCCCAAUGCUUCAGGGGUGGUGGGGGAACAACCUAAAAACAAAAUUUUUGCUAAAAGAUGAAUUUGAUCCAAGUUUUGGGGCCGAUAUGUUUAAACUGAGUAAUCCCUCGCCUGUUCUCAAUGCUAUGCUUAUGGCGAGUCUUGAUAUUUAUAGCCAAACCUCAGUCGAAGAGUUAAAGGAGAAGCAGUUCCUUCUGACCGGUUAUCUUGAAUUUAUGAUUAAGACAUACUUUCCUCAAACGUCGAAGAAUUCCAGCGAUAAUAUACUCAUUAGAAGUGGUAAUCGACGAAACAUGCCUUCAGUCGAGAUAAUCACACCAUCAGAUCCCGAGCAAAGAGGCUGUCAGUUAUCACUCAUUUUCUCCGUCCCUCUGACUCCAGUCCAGGAAGAGAUGCAAAAGCGAGGAGUUGUGUGCGAUAUCCGAAUGCCGAGUGUCAUGAGAGUGGCUCCCGUUCCCCUCUAUAACUCCUUCACAGACGUCCAUAAGUUUGUUAGAAUUCUAUACGAAAUAUUCCUCGGCUUUGACACCGAGAAGAGGAAGUUCGACACUCAGAUGUCUAAUGAAGAUCUUAUGACCGAAAUCCAUGGCGGAGAUUCCGACGGUCUGUCCCUGAGCUCAUCCAACAGCAGCGCCUGUCCCUCACCCACCACUGUCUCCGACUCGGAGCCCGACUUCGUUAGCGCCACAAACAGACACUUUAUUAACCAAUAGACAGACCGUGUGAUUGCCAAACCUAUCAACACAUAUGAAUAGCUCUUAUAAAUGCAUUUGAAUAACCAGUGAAUUUAAUAAUGAUAAUAAUAAUUACAGUUAUUUAUUACAGUAUUAUUAAUAUUAC